ACCCACUCCUGUCCAGCAACCAGACCCAGCACCGCUGCCGACUCUCCUUCCCUCAAUCUCUUCAGCAUUUCCCCAAGGAAGUCUAUUCAAAACCAGUCAAAAUGGGUGGCGGUGUCUCUGUUCGCGAUGUUGAUGCGCACAAGUUCAUCAACGCAUACGCUGCUUUCCUGAAGCGCCAGGGCAAGCUGCCCAUCCCUGGUUGGGUCGACACCGUCAAGACCGGUCCCGCCAAGGAGAUGCCUCCUCAGGACCAGGAUUGGUUCUACAUCCGCGCCGCCUCCGUCGCCCGCCACGUCUACAUGCGCAAGACCGUUGGUGUUGGUCGCCUCCGCAAGGUCCACGGUACCGCCAAGAACCGCGGCUCUCGCCCUUCCAAGCACGUCGAUGCCUCCGGCUCCGUCGACCGCAAGGUCAUGCAGUCCCUCGAGAAGAUCGGUAUCCUCGAGCAGGAUGAGGAGAAGGGUGGCCGCCGUAUCACCCAGGCUGGACAGCGUGAUCUGGACCGCAUUGCCGCCCAGGCCGCUGCUGCCGAUGAGGAGGAGGAGGAUGACGAGUAAACAAAUCAUCAUGGUGGCGUAGUGCAGGAAAUUUCACGGGUCGGUCAUAGGCGUCUAAAAUGGAUCAUUCGGGAUCUGAUCUCUGAUCAUGCUUUGUUCUCGGGGUUUGGGAAAAUGAUACCACGUCGAUAAUGAUCUGUUGCUCGUAUGUGCCGUUGAUCCAUGCCACGACAGGAAUCUUAUUUCCGACACAUCCUCGUGUCCCAGACUAAAGCAGCCUUGCGUGGCUUAGAAUGAACAGACACCACGUUUUCCCAGUGCAUCUGGUUAUUCAGUGGUCAAGGCUGGCCCGGCCUUCAAUGCAAAAACCAACCUCAACCUC